UUCGUAUAAAAAAACUGUUUUCGGUUUCCGAUCAUCAUUGAGACAAAUGAAGGUCUUGGCUAUUUUAUUUUUGGUGGUGGCAGUAAGUGCCAAGCACGAGAAGUACUUAGGAUGGAAAUCCUACUACUUAGGACCUUCAACACCAGGUCAAAUGAAAGCCAUCGGCCAACUAAUAUCUGAGUAUGACGUCGAUGUUCUGGGCCACCCCGUCAUAGGAUAUGAGGGUGUUGCCUUGGUGAAGCCUGAAGUACAUGAUGCUUUCCUGGAAGCCCUUCAGAUGGAAGGAAUUGCUUAUAGGGUUCACAGAGACGAUGUGAAAGCUGCCCUUGAUCAAGAUGACGUACUUAUUGAGCGAAGAAGACGGGAGAAUGUUGCAAGAGGUGGAAGGGAGAUGCCUUACGACAACUACCAACCUUUAUCUGUGGUAAAUUGAUUGCUCCUUCUCUCGCGUCCUCAU